AGUACCGGCUGGUCUGGGCUCUAGCUAAUUGCGGUUACGUAACUAUUAGUUGAUUUACUUAAGGUCCGCGUCUGGUAAUUAAUAUUAAAAAAAUCAAAUGCAUUUGUUUUAAAAAUGGAAGUCGGUAAAGUAUUUAAUAGUUUCAAUGAACUUAAGCAGGCAAUUGAAGAGUAUGAAAAAUCAAGUUUUAUAUCAUUAUAUGUUCGCGAUAGUCGAACCAUUGAGUUAGCGAUCAAAAAAGGUUUGAAGCGCUCUAUUAAUAAGGAAUUAAAAUAUUAUUAUUUAACAUAUUGUUGUUAUCAUGGUGGGCGCCAGUUUAAGUCAAGAUCAAAAGGUAUUCGUCCAAAUCAAAGCACAUAUAACAUCAAAUGCCCGUUUACUAUUUGCAUUGGAGUCACUGAAGAUGGAGAGCAGUUCUGUGUUGUUAAAGUUAUUAAUGAGCACAAUCAUGCAAUUGAUAAAGAAAUUAUAGAAAGGCUUCCAAAGGUUAGGAAAUUGAGUAAUGAGCAAGAAAAAGAUGUAAGACAAAUGUUGAAAUUACAUUGCAAUAAAUGGCUUGUUCAUGAGCAUAUUCAAAAUGAAACAGGAAAGAAAAUUACGUUAAAAGACAUACAUAACUUAUCAUCAAAAGAUAAAGGUUCAACAGAUGUAGAAUCUUUACUUGCAGUAUUUCAAAAUUGUGAUGGUGCAGAUGUAGAUAUUAAAUGUGACAAUAGUGGUAGUAUCCAGACAAUUUUUUUUCAGGAUGCAGAAAUGAAGAGAUUUUUUUCAUUGUAUCCUGAAUUAAUUUUAAUGGAUGCAACGUAUAAGUUAACAAAUCUACGUAUGCCUUUGUAUAUUUUACUGGGGAUGGGUCCAAGUGGAGAAAGUGAGAUAGUUGCAAUUUUUGUAACAGCGUCAGAGGAUGCAUUAACAUAUACUGAGGUUCUAAAGACAUUUAAAUUAAAAAAUCUAAAAUGGACAGAAAUAGUCACUAUUUUUACUGAUAAAGAUAUGGCCGAGCGUGACUCUCUGCGAACAACAUUUCCCAAUGCAGUAUUGCUGUUAUGCUUGUUUCAUGUCUUGCGUGCAAUGAGCAGAGAAGUGACUGUUUUGAAAAUGGGCAUUAGUGAAAGUCAAAGGUUAUAUGCAUUAAGAGCGCUUCAAAAAAUGGCAUAUGCAUCGUCAGAAUUACAAUUUGAAAAACUUCAUUGUGAAUUUGUUGAAAAAAUGCCAGACAGCGUGGUUAGUUACUCUGAAACCAACUGGAAUAAUUGCAAAACUGAGUGGGUAUUUUGUUGGCAGCAACAAAAUUUGACUUUUGGACAAAGAACAACAAACAGAUUAGAAUCUGUAAACCGAAGAAUAAAAUCUGUUUUAAACUUAUUAAAUCCUCUUCCAAUAUUUUUUAAAGAUCUUUUUUCUGUUAUAGAUGUAAUGCGUAAGGAGCGCAAUCAUAACUUUGUUAUUGCUGGAGAGCGUAUCUCUGUUAAUACUGUUCUUGAUAAUGAUGUUAUAGAGGAGUUUUCUAAAAUUUUAACACCUUAUGCUUUAAGUUUUGUUAGAAGUCAGUUACGUGAAGCACUAGAGUUAUACCCUGGAGGCGAUAAUAAUAAUCCAACAUCUGAAAUUUUAGGACAGGAGGUGUCAAUAAGUGAGCUUAGUUGCCAUUGUAUUUUUUAUAAAUCUAUGGGAUUACCUUGCAAACACAUGUUUGUAGCAAGUCGAAUAAAGCAAUUACCAAUAUUUUCAUUUGACGGCAUUUCAAUAAGAUGGCUCAAAUCUCAUGCUACUGAAAAUCAUCGCCUUUUUCAACACCAAAACAAAAACCAUAAUCAUUUAGGAAUUGGUGUGUUAAAAGAAAGACCUUUAACACAAGCUGAAAAGUUUAAAAAAGCAAAUCGUAUCUCUCAGCGAUUAGCACAGCUUGUUUCUGAAGGAGGGAAAAGUGAAUUUGAAAGCCGAAUAAACAUCCUUCAAAAUUUAGUUAAUAUUUGGGAAGAACAUAAACAUGCAGAGAUAACUGUUUUGGACUCAGUGGAUUUAAUAAUUGAUACUACAUCAGAAUGUGCUAUUAGUUCUAUAAGCAACCAUAACGUAUUGUGUGAUUCAACAAAAAAAGCAUUUGUUUCGUCGACAAGUAACAUAGAUUUGAUUUUAACAUGCAAUGAAACCUUAAAUAAGAAUAAUAUGCAUCCAUUAGAGGUUUCAAACUCUGAUAUUUUAGAAUUUCAUGAUGCACCUGACUUCAUCUGUAGUUCAAAUUCUCAUAUUUCAAUAAAUGAGUAUGAAAUGCAACCAAUUGCAAUAGAUAUGGAUUUACCAAAUUGUUUAAUCGCAAUCAAAAAGCCGUUACAUUUAGAGCAAUUGUCUGUAGAUUUACACCAAGACAAUUUAGAAAAAAAUGGAUUGAAUUUUGCUGAAAUAUCUAGUCAACAUCAUAAUGAUAAUAAUCAAGUUUGUGAUCAAACUUUGAUUAACAUAGUUAGUAAAAAUCUGAUAGAAGACAGUGAAUUUGGGGCAAGCAAAAAUCUACAUGAUUCUUUAAAUAUUCAUUCAAUCAAUAUUAAAGAUCUAAAAUUUCCUCGAAAGAUUAAGUCACGAGGAAGGCCUAAGGCUAAAGAGAGAAAAACUGCAGUGGGUUUAUCUAGAUGGAAAAGAAAGUGUUUAUCUUAUACUGAUAAAAGUGUAGCCGGAAAAAUAAGUGUUCUUUUGGGUGGUAUUCUCAUGAAGAAAAAAAUAGAAGAUGUUACGCGUGAAAUGCAAGCAGAUGUGGGCGAUUUAGAAUUAAAGGCUGGCAAUCUUCCUUCUGCAUUUUUAAAUGAUGGUUUUACAAUAGAUAUUUUAAACCAUAUUUAACCAAUCUUGCCUGGAAUAGCCUGCAGAAAUCAAUUUUGCAGCAAAAGAAACUGGGCGUAUGGAAUUGUCCGUUAUGUACUUUAAAUACAGCUUCCAGUGAAAGCAUUGAGUGUGAAAGCUGUUUAGAAUGGUUUCAUUUCAAAUGUCUUAGCAUUUCAAAGAAGCCAAAGAAGGAGUGGUUUUGUGACAAAUGUCAUAAUAUAUUAAAUGAAAGCUAAUAAAAAUUAAACAAACAAAAGAAAAAAUCUAUAUAUAUAAUUUAAA